CAGUUCCAGCCGGAAGUUCAGCACUCGGUGAUCGUCCCGGUGUUUCUCAGUCUGUGCUUUAGUCUCUGAACAUCUGAAGGGUUUGUUUGUGUUUCACACGCGUUAACGGGAGCAGAUGUCCGCGCAGGGCGACUGUGAGUUCCUGGUGAAGCGCGCGCGGGAGCUGGUGCCGCAGGACCCGUAUGCAGCUAAAGCCUGGCUGAUCACCGCGCGCACGCUCUAUCCCGCAGACUUCAACAUACAGUAUGAGAUGUACAGCAUCGAGCGUAACGCUGAGAGGACGGCCUCCGCCGGCAGACUCCUGUACGACAUAUUCGUGAAUUUCCCCGAGCAGCCGGUGGUGUGGCGUGAGAUCGCAGUGAUCACUGCAGCGUUACGGAACGACAGCCAGGACAAACACGCUCAGUUUCUCAAAGGUGGAAACAAAGUAAAAGAGAAUCGCUACUUUUUCUCUCACCUGUGUGUGUGUUGUAGGUCGUACUCGGAGCUCCUGCAGCGUGUUUCAGAGUUGUGUCGGUACAUGUCUGCCACGGACAGUGAAGGUUUCGCCCGCUGUUGUGCUCAGAUCGUCACCUGCUGCACGCUUGUGCUGUUUCACAGUGCGUUUCACUACGUCUCUGCUGUGCAGCCGUCACUCUUCCAGGGUCACGCGUCUCUGAGCUCGUGUCCGUGGGUUCUGCUGGAGGAUCUGUCCAGUGUCUACACUGAUGUAGAAGUGGAGCGAAAGCACACACACAAGAAACGCAAGCUGGCCGACGGACGGGAGAAAACCAUGAGCUCUGAUGAUGAGGACAUGUUGGCCAAAGGCAGAGGGCGGCACAUUGUGGUGAAUAAAGCAGAGAUGCCGGGUUGGGCCGAGACUUUAGAGCACUUCCGUACGGCCAGAGAGAGCUGGGAUCUGCUGCACUCACACCAGAGCCUGGAGACGGAGUUCAUUAAGAUAUGCUCAGCAUGGAAAACUGAGCUGUGGAUGUGGUUUCGCAUUUUCCUUACAGAUAUGAUCAUUUAUCAGGGUCAGUACCGGAAGGCUCUGUCCAGUCUGGCUCUGAUGUCGUCACUACAGCUCCAGCAGAACCAGAACCAGAACUCGCUCUCCAGCUCCUCGAGUCUAGAGACGCAGCGGGCGAUCAUCCAGCUGGCCUCCUGUCACUACGCGCUGGGAGAGUACAGGAUGGCGUGUGAGAAGCUUCUGGAGGUUGUCUCUGGUCUGAUGCCUCAGAAUCAUGAAGCGGUGAAGAGCAGCGAGGAGCAGCGCAAACCCCGCAGCAAAACCAGGAAAGGUAACGAUCUGAGGCUCGUCCCCUGCUCCAGUAAAUCCAUCCUUCCCUUCUGUCUUCAGCUCAUGCUGGCCUGUUUUAAGCUGAGGGCCUUCACAGAUAACAGAGACGACCUGGCUCUGGGUCACGUGGUGGUUCUCCUGCAGUAUGAUUGGCCGCAGGGUGAGAAUCUCUUCCUGAAGGCGGUGGAUAAGAUCUGCCAGCAGGGCAGCUUCCAGUACGAGAACUUCUUCAACUACGUCACCAACAUUGACAUGUUAGAAGAGUUUGCUUACCUUCGCACGACAGAAGGAGGGCGGGUCCAGCUGGAGCUGCUGCCCAAUCAGGGGAUGCUCAUCAAGAACCCCAGCCCCGCCCUGGGGGUGGAGUUAAACACCCUGCUGCUUCCAGGGGCUCAGAAGGCUGACAGACACCACACCGUGACUCGAGGAAUCACUAAAGGAGUGAAGGAGGAUUUUCGGCUGGCGAUGGAGCGUCAGGUGUCACGGUGCGGAGAAAACCUGCUCACGGUGCUCCACCGCUUCUGCAUUAAUGAAAAGAUCAUCCUUGUCCAGUCAUUACCCUGAGCGACCUCUGAUCUUUAACCUAUGUAUCAGUCCAGUUUUGAUACUUUUCAGACAUUUUUUUUAAUGUAUCAACUUUUUUGCAUCAUAUAUGAAGCUUUAGACAUGUUUAGAGUCGCGAUGCAUCGAGCAGAUCUCAUUUAGGUCAUGGUUUUAUUUUAGGUGUUAAUUAACAAACAUUCAAAAAUAUUCAGC